AUUUUUUUGAAUGUGCUAAAUCAAGUUAAUAAUGGAAUUAUCGUGCGAGUCAAUAAGAUAUCUCGAGGAAAAAAGGCCAAAAAGUAGCAAGUUGGUGGAGCUCCAUGUGCUUUAUGUGCCUGAUGACCAGUGGAAUGGAAAGCUCAAUAAAGUUCCCGCGGAGGCCAUCGAGAGUUUCAUAUCUGCAGGUUUUAUCAGAGUAUAUCCCGAUAUAACGCUAAAGAAUCUAAGGAGUGAGCUUGGCAUUUUUCUGGGACCAGAAAUAAGGGUCGACAAAUUCUCCUUCCUGAAAUGUGUCGGUCGCAGUUUAGCAGUGGUCAAACACGAACAAGAGAGGGAGCUAAAAGUGAAAACAUUUGCUCCACCAUAUGCCGCCCAACCCGAGCUCUACCUGCUGGCCGCGGAGGUGAACCACAGCAGCGUCUGCUCCCAGUCGCUCACUCUGGACACCCGCAGCAGCUCCCCAGACCACCAGGCCUACUACCCCCACAAGCCCGGCACCGGGACCACCACCAAGGGACCGCCCGUCAAGUUCCCCCUGAUCCCCCAGGGUUCCCGACGCUCGCCCCACACCCCCGACGCCGCAGACCACGAGGAGCAGCGGGAGGAGGAGGAGGAGGGGGAGGAGGAGGCUGACAGGGCAGAGGAGAGGAGUCAGAGGAGGAGGUGCAAGAAUCCCAGCAGGUCACCGCAUGAUGUACAAAGUAAAGACGGUGAUCUGGCCCAGGGGAAGGGCCUGCCUGGGAGAGAAGAGAUGACAGGCUGUAAGAAAGACAAGCUGACCACCAGAGCGGCCAGAGACUCAGGCCUACCAGAGUCGCUGGAAGACAGACAGGCAGGCUUCUCCUCAGACAGGCUCAGACCAUCAAAAGAUUUACAGACGAAGAUGCCGGCGGGAAGGAAGCCGAAACCAAUGGUUCCAGAGAGUCUGGGAGUGUCCUCAAAGCCUAUGAUCCAAGUCCGCUCCCAACCUCCAGCCUCCGCUGGGACCCUCACCACAAACGGGCCAGCUGGUACCCCGCUUCUUCAGGAUAACAGAGAUGAACUUAUUGAGGAAAUCAAGAUGGUGAGGGGAGAAAGGAAGCAGCUCGAGUGGACAAGACAGGAACUGCUGAGGAAGGGGAAAGACUUAUUGGCCCAAAACAGGAACCGUAGGAAUCAAGCUCGUGACAGUUGGAAAAAGAAGUAUUUUGAGACAAAGAAAGCCACGGCACCAAUGGAAGAGACAUUGAGGAAUUUGCGUCAGGAACUGGAGACAUUUUACAAUAAACUCCUGCACCAGCUACAGGCCAGAGACGGCAGAGGCCGAAACAGACCUCAGGGAAGGUCUUCCACAAAGAAUGAGCUCAUCAUUCAGAUCAUGACUGAGAGCCAUGAAAUUGACAACCUGAGAAGACAAGUAGAAGAUGCCAAGAUGAAACUUAUCACAGAGAUAAGGUUAAGGAAGCAGGCUGCUACCGAGCUAAGGGCGCUGAAGGCUGAGCUGGCUCAGAAAAAGAGCCAAUCGAUUCACACUGGACCUAUAACCUCACAACCUUUUGGGCCAAUCCCACGGAACAGACCAUACGCCCAGAAAGCUGGAUGCUAAUUCAAUGUUUAGGUUUGGAAUUCUACACAUUUUAGCUGCACAGAAAAAAAUUAGUGGGAUGUCAAAUUCUGUGUGAAUAUAAGCCGGUGUAUCUUUCUUAAACAAUUUGUUAUUUGAAUAUGCAUUGUGUACUAGAUUUGAUAUCAAGUUAUAUUUAACU